GCUAUAUUGGUCUCAAGCUCAACUCGAUUAGCAAACGAGACUAUAUAUCAGGCUCGAAGCUCCUUUUAAAUCGAGCUGAGCCAAGCUUUUCACGAACCAAGCUCGAAUAGCUCGUGAGAAGCUCAGCUUGUGGCCACCCAUAGGGGGGAUACAAAAGGAUGUGUUGUUAAAGCUGUUAAUUUUGUUUUUGUUUUAUUUUGUUCUUAGUUUAUGUUGUAUGGGACCUAUGGGUAUUUAUAUAAUUUCCUUUUCUUUUUAUUGUAAUGCUGUUAAUACUUAUAAAUAUUAAGAGGGGCAUCGAUAGCCCAAGUUUUUCUUCGACUUCCAAUUGUUCUCUUCUCUUCUCUUCUCUCAUCUCCUCUUCUUCCCUUCUCCUUCUCUUCUCUUUUACGGGUUUAGAGUUAAAACACGGUGUCAAAGCAGUGAUCUGGGUGGCAGAAGUUUAUAGAUCGAACCUUUUUCUUCCAUUACAGGUUAGGGAUCGAUAUCCCUUCCCCAAGGCCUGACCGUUUUUUAUGUGUUGCAUGUUCCUAAAUUUCCUCCUAACUUGCUUUCCAUUAGUAGGCAUAAGUGGAUUAAGGAAGGUGAUGGAAAUACCAAAUAUUUUCGUACAGUAGCUAAUGGGAGAAGGAGAAAAAAUUAUGUGGCUAAAUUGGAGAUAGAUGGAGAACUGAUUCACUGUCAAGAAGAGAUAGCAAGGCUUUUUGUGGACCAUUUCAGGUCAAUUUUGAGAAGACCUCUUUUGCCCCGGGAAUGUUUGGAAGAUUUAGAUUAGCCUAGUUUGGAGGAAAACUGUGUGAGAUGGCUGGAAAGAGAUUUUGAGCAAGGGGAAAUAAAACAAGCAGUCUUUUCCAUGGAUAGAUCAAAAGCUCUAGGGCCAGAUGGUUUUACCUUGGCGUUCUAUGAGGAUUGUUCGGAAAUUUUAAAGGAGGAUUUGUUUUCAGUUUUCAAGGAGUUUGGAGAAAGACAUGGUAUCAGCCUUAGAGUUAAUGCCAUUUUCCUAGCCCUUAUUCCUAAAAAGAUUGAUGCUAAGCAACCUAAAAACUAUAGGCCCAUCAGUUUGGUGACUAGUAUUUACAAAAUUCUGGCAGAAGUGCUUUUUUUGAGGAUCAAAAGGGUCUUACCAUCCCUCAUUAGCCACGCUCAGGAGCUUUUGUAUAAGGUAGGCAAAUUACCGAUCAAAUCCUAAUAGAAAAUGAGUGUGUAGUAGAGGACAUGAGGAGAUCUGGGAGACGAGGUUUUGCCUGUAAAUUAGACCUUGAAAAGGCGUAUGACUUGGUGGGUUGGAGCUUCCUCUUAGAGAUACUCAGGCUUUGUGGUUUGGGGAAAGAUGGUGUACUACUUGUGCCUUAGCAAAGGUUAUAUUUUACCUUUUUUUUCACAAAUCUGAGCAUAUGGUACAAGUUCGGUUCAAGGCUAAUAUUUGUAUUCUUUGGUCAGGGGGAGAAUAUACAAAUGGUGAUUGUUAGGCUUACUUGAGGAGUUAUGGCAUUCAAUCUCAACAUAGUUGUCCAGACACUCCUCAAUAGAAUGGUGUAGCAGAACGCAUGAAUGGCCAUGUCCUUAGUGUUGUGAGGAUACUUCUAUAGGAAUAUUAUGCUCCACCUUCAUUUUGGGCAGAGGCGGCCAAUAGAACUAUGCAUUUGGGAUCUUGUGCCUGCUCUUUUAGAUGCUUCCAUCAUUGGGAGCCAUUGGAUUUACUCCAUUAAGCUAAAAUUUGAUGGAUCUCUUGAUCGAUAUAAGGCUCAAUUAAUUUCCCAAGGCUAUAGUUAAUGUGUAUGAAGAAACCUUUGCCCCAGUUGUCAAGAUCACUAUAAUUAAUGUUUUCUUAGCAUUGUCUGCUAUCCAAUUUUGGACCAUUGAGUGGCUAGGUGUUAAGAAUGCCUGCCUUCAUGGUCAAUUAAAGGAGACCGUUUACAUGAAGGCUCCUCCUGGUUACUGUUGUGAUCCUUCUUUGGUGGUUGCUGUUUGAAACAUGCUCCCCAGGCUUGGUUUGAGCACUUCUGGGAUGUUGUUGCGGUUAAGAAAGAAGCUAAAAUGCAUAUUUAGCCAGGACAAUAUGAAGUGGGUUGCCUUUGGUUAUUGGGUUAAUAUCUGAGUAUUGACAUGCAUGUGUAGAAUAGGAUCCUAGGUGUACUCUUUAAACUGAAGCUGAUGAAACCAUGGCUUUGAGGAGAAUGUUCUGUUCUUUUAGGUUCUUCUAUUUGUUCUUUGUUUCUGUUUCAUCUCUACAUUAUAACUGAAAGUUUAUAAAUUUUAGGGGAGAGAUGGAGAGGGAGAGGGAAGGAUGGAGAAUUAGAGAGGGGCACAGAGGGAGAGCAAGAGGGGAAUGGAGAGGGAGAGGGGCAGAUAAGAGAUGAUAGGGAGAAAUUGACAAUUAGACAGUGAGGUGUUAUAAGAAGAGAGGGAGAGUCAGAGGGUUAUUUAAUUUGUAAGGGUCAUGUAAUUAUGUUUAAUUUUCAACAGAAUUUUAUUCUUUUAAAAUUUUCAUUUUAUUAUUUUCUGACUGAUUGGAGAAAUGGACCAAUAAUAAUUCCCUUGUAAGGCCAUUGGGGGUACAGUUGCACCAUGAAAAUAUAUAUUUUUUAAUGAGUGGCGGUUUAGGAGAGAUGUUUAACUAAGGAAAUGUCUAUACCCAUUAAUAAAGAUGAGCAUGUUUCUGUUAGAUUGGAAUGGAUGCUAAUUUUUUUCCAAUUCUAUCCUCCUAUACUUUGUUUUUCCAAUCUAUGGGAGUUUGUGUCUUUUGGGACACCAGUUACAGACUGAGACUAGAAACUGGAGAAGUGUACAUUCUCUGGUUCGAGAGAGAAGAUAUGCCAACACUUUUCAAUUCAAACUAUGGAAGGAGAAGACAAGUGGGGUAGGAACAACCAACUUCUUCUAUAGAGAAAGCUCAGCAUCUGGGCUAUGUGGCACAGUCUGCAUUCACAAUUAUUGGCUUUAUUUCUUUUUUCUUUUCCUGGUUUUACUUAUUUUUCAUACAAUCACUUUGAAAGGAAAAAAAUAAUUUAUUUUCCUUUUUCAAUGCUUUCCUUUCAAGAGCAGCUACUACAGAUGCAGAGGCAAUUACAAACUGAUAAAACUUUUCACAUCUGUCCUCGACCUUGAAUGCGCUCCUGGUGCUAGGUUUCAGGUACCCUGUCAGAAGUUUUGAGGCCUAUGAAAAAUGGUGGCAUGGUUGUGGGUAUUGAUCUUAAGUAAUGAUGGUGUUCAUGAAUGUUGGAAUUGCAAAGCAAAUGGUGAAAGUUCAUUCUCUUCAUUGUGAUACGAGUGUGAACAGUUUGCCCUGAUGUUAUGAACUUGACAGAAGAUCAAGCUAGGUCACUCUCACCUAAGAUUGAAGGAGCCAAUAACGAGGGUGGCAGGGGUGACAGUAUUUGGGAUAUUUUUUCACAUACUGAAGGCAAGAUCUUAGAUGGAAGCAAUGGAGACAUUGCAGUUGAUCAUUAUCAUCGUUACAGAGAAGAUAUUGAGCUUAUGGCUAAGUUGGGAUUUGAUGCCUAUCGUUUUUCCAUAUCAUGGUCUCGCAUUUUCCCUGAUGGUUUAGGAACCAAGGCCAAUGAAGAGGGCAUUGCUUACUACAACAAUGUUAUUAAUGCUCUUCUUGAAAAAGGUAUUGAGCCUUAUAUAACAUUAUAUCAUUGGGAUCUUCCUUCAAAUCUUCAUGAGUCAAUUAGCGGAUGGUUAUCUGAGAAAAUUGUAAAAUACUUUGCAAUAUAUGCAGAAACCUGCUUUGCAAGUUUUGGAGAUAGAGUGAAGCACUGGAUCACUAUUAAUGAGCCACUCCAAACCUCAGUGAAUGGUUAUUGUACUGGAAUUUUUGCUCCUGGAAGAACUGAGAAUUCAUUGACAGAACCAUAUCUUGCUACACACUACCAACUAUUGGCCCACGCAGCAGCUGUUUCUGUAUAUAGAAACAAAUUUAAGGCCAAUCAAGGUGGUGAAAUAGGCAUUACAGUUGAUUGUGAAUGGGCAGAGGCAUUUUCAGACAAAACGGAAGAUAAAGUUGCUGCAGCAAGGCGCCUUGAUUUUCAGCUUGGCUGGUUCUUAGAUCCAAUAUUCUAUGGAGACUAUCCUGAAGUUAUGCGUGAGAAACUUGGAGAUCAGAUUCCAAAAUUCUCAGAGGAAGAUAAAGAAUUGUUGAAGAAUUCAGUUGACUUUUUGGGUCUUAAUCACUAUACAUCAAGAUUUAUAGCUCACGUGUCUAAGAGCCCUGAAGUUAAUGGUUACUAUCAAGUACAACAGAUUGAAAGAAUUGUUGAAUGGCCAAAUGGAGAGAGAAUUGGAGAAAGGGCGGCAUCAGAGUGGCUCUACAUAGUUCCUUGGGGCUUCCGGAAAGUUCUCAAUUACAUAUCUCAGAGAUACCGCAAUACCCCUAUAUAUAUUACUGAGAAUGGAAUGGAUGAUGAAGACAGUGAAACAUCUCCACUCCAUGAAGUGCUAGAUGACAAAAAAAGACUUGGUUAUUAUAAGGGAUACCUUGAUGCAGUAGCUCAAUCAAUCAGGGAUGGAGUAGAUGUGAGAGGGUAUUUUGCAUGGUCCCUUUUGGACAACUUUGAAUGGGCUCAAGGAUAUACAAAGCGUUUUGGAUUGGUCUAUGUGGAUUACAAGAACGGGCUUUCUAGGCACCCCAAAUCUUCAGCCCUUUGGUUCUCUCGCUUCUUGAGAACCGGUGAAGGUAAGCAUGGAAAGGUAGAUUGAUAUUGAAUUUUAACAUUAUAAUGUUCCUCAAACUAAAGCACUAUCUGAAGGCUACGUGUGAGAUAAAGAAGCUUUGUUCUAGGAUGGAAGAAGCCCAAAAUCUUCUAGUUUCUAUCCACUAGAGCUGGUCUUCCUGCUUUUAUCAUUGUUACUACAGAAAUUAAUGGGUUCUGUAAACGAGAUUUAGUGUAGAAAAUCAGACUUGAUUGAACAAUAGAUAUUUAACAAAUCAAGGGACUAAAACGAAUAUAUAAUUAAGAGGUUUGUGUGCUUAUAGAGGUCUGAAUGAUGUCAAAGUGCAAUCCUUUUAUUUAUGGAGAGUCUGGUCUCUUUUGGUCCCAAGGAGCAAGUUAAACUAUAAUGCCGUACUUGGAUGGAUAUCAGAUUCUGAAUAAAGCAAUCCCAUUUUCAUAA